AUGUGUCAGAACGGCCCGUCGCCGCCCUUCCAGGCCCCUUCGCGGCCCCUUCGCGGCCCCGUUGCUGCCCCUAUUGGCCCCGUCGCCGGCUCCAGCGGCCCCGUUGCCGCCCCUUGCGGCCCCGUCGCCGCCCCUAACGGCCCCGUCGCCGCCCCUAUCGGCUCCGUUGCCGCCUCCAGCGGCCCCUUCGCCGCCCCUUGCGGCCCCGUCGCCGCCCCUAACGGCCCCGUCGCCACCCCUAUCGGCCCCGUCGCCGCCUCCAGCGGCCCCGUCGCCGCCCCUUGCGGCCCCGUCGCCGCCCCUAACGGCCCCGUCGCCGCCCCUAUCGGCCCCGUCGCCGCCUCCAGCGGCCCCGUCGCCGCCCCUUGCGGCCCCGUCGCCGCCCCUUUCGGCCCUGCCUCGACCCUGUCGACGGAGUGGUGCUAG